AUGCGGACGCAGCAGCUGCUUCGGACAGUGGCAGCAGAAACGUUAUUCAACACGGACGCCGUCGAGACCGCGCUCAAGAAUGCGAUUGAUGCAGCGGCUUCUAGCCAGACGGAAGGACGUACAACCAACACAGACGCCGACCAGUACACGUACGAGAAUACGGACGCUGCAGCGGCUUCGGGCAAGACUGGAGCACGUACAGUCAACGCAACCGACGAACAGAACGCGUACGAGAAUGCGGACGCUGCGGCGGCUUCGGACAAGACUGGAGCACGUAGAACCAACACGGACGCCGACCAGAACACCUACGAGAAUGCGGACGCUGCGGCGGAUCGGGCAAGACUGGGGCAACGUUAUUCAAAGUGGAUGCCGAGAUUGCGUACGAGAAUACGGACGCUGUAG